GGUAGCCACUGGGAAGAGAUCGUAGGGGAUACGAGGAGGCAGUGGUCGUCAGUCGGAAGAGAGAGGCGCGCGUGGGGCGAGGUUGUUGCGGGUGAACUCGUGGGGAGAAGGAGAGCCGAGGGUGAGGGUGAGGGCGAGGGGGCGGGUGUCUGUACGUACACCGAGAGAGAAUCGAUCUAAAACUAGGAGUCGCCGCAGUAACCGCUGGGAGGAAGCCACUGUUACAAUUUGCCCCCAUAUGCGCUAGUGAAAUCUUAGAUCGGGUAAUUGUACGGCGAGAGAGGAGCUAGAAUGAGGUGUUCCCGCGAGGUGGUCGCUCGCGUUCGGCCCGCGCGUUGAUUCGAGCUCGCGCGAUACGCCACGCCGAUACCGGGCUGAUACAGUGCGGAAAUCCACCGAACGAAUCACUCCGAACGGAGGCUGGCCGAAAAGAGUAACAGAGAGAAACCGACGGAUACGGCUGCAGAAAGAGAGAGACAGAGGGAGUGAGAGAGAGAAAGGAAAAGCGAAAGAGGGAGAGGCGCGAGGAGCGCGCCAGAGACAGAUAGUUCGAGUGAGAGAAAGAGAGAAACAGGAAGAAGCGGAGAGAGAGAAAGAGAAACGGAAGGAGAAAGAGAAAGAGGGAGCGAGCGCGAGAUCGAGAGGUUGACAGACAGAGAGGGCCAGGGCGAGAAAGGGAAAGAGAAACGGUGUCGCAUCGCAAGGUGUUUCGGUGUACGGUGCACGAGACGGAGAAACGUUCGUUAGAAGAUCGCGCGAGGGUCGGGUCGAAGGAGAAGCGGGCAGGAAGAAAAGCGAGAGGAAGGGCAAGAGACGCGCGGAACCGAGAGAAAUCGAGAGAAACGGAGAGAAACGGGCCGAGGAAGAAAAAGAGAGAGAAGAAGGAGCGAGCGCAAGGGAGAAAGAAAGAGAGAGGGAAAGAAAGAGAGAGAGCGCAAGCAAGGGUGGGCGGACAGUAGUGCACGAGAGCAUCCCGUCGCCACGAUAAUGCGACGUGCAGCUUCUUUACUCGUUCCUUCUGAAUAAGUGCUUGCUGGGACGGUCCCUUACCUGCAGGGAUAUGACGUAAUGGCAAGAGAGGAGUUACGGAGCAAGAGACCUUUUAAGAUAUGGGACAGCUGGCGUAACGUAAGAAAGGGACUGUGUGUUAGCAAUUUCGAGGAACUGAUACACCAGGGUAAGGAGAAAUUGGGCGUGCCACAGAACGAGAAUGUCUCCGUAGUGCUGGAAUCGGAUGGAACGCAAGUGGAGGACGGCGAGUACUUCAAGACCCUAGCGAACAACACGAUCCUACUAUUGCUACGGCAUGGUGAACGUUGGUGUCCAACCGGAGUCGACAUCAUACGAGCCGCGAUUUCAGCCAUACCGAAAAUAGUCUGCGAAACGAUCCACGCCCUGGAGCUGCACGAUGAGACGCCGUCGUGGAAGAUCAUGGACAAUAAGGGACGAGUCACGGUGGUCCUGCACUGGGACCAACGUUCAUCCACGUCGUCGCAGGCGCAGCAACAGCAGAAAGGCCAAGACGUACAGACCUCCAAGUAUUCGCCGACCAAGAAAACCGAUCUGAGCGGUAGUCAGCGGCCACCUCUAGUCAUCCAGACCAGCCUGGACAACCUCAACUACGGAGGGAAGCUGGGACAUCUGGCGGCCGAUGUCGGUCCCAGUCGCUACACCAGCCCCCAUAUCACUGUGAUAAAUCAUGACGACAUGCAGCAGCAGCUGCAGCCGCAGCCUCAGCCGCAGUCCCACGGAAUCCCAGGCCGCCUGGUGAAGCAGGGUACCAACUCCUUCGACAGCACCACCAUCCAUAUCCACACACCGGAGUGCUCGAACCACAUUCAUCAGCCAGUGGUGAGGAACGGCAGCCCGGUCAACGGAGCGGACGGCGGCGCCAGCGGGGAGUGCGACUUCCAUUGCUGUGCCCUGCACGAGGAGGGCCGUCGGAUCGCGGUGCACAAGUCGGUGGCCACCUCGCCGAUCCAGGAUGCCCAGCAUCAGCAAUACCAGCAGCAGCAUCACCACCCGCAUCCGCAGCAGCAACCACCGCCGCAGCAACAACAGACGCAGACUCAAACGUCGUCGCCUCAGCCGCCAUCCUCGUUGUCCGAUGGAACGAGACGGACCGGCCUGAGCAAAGGCCACGUGAGAUUCUGCGACACGGCGGACGAGGAGUCGAGCUCUAGGCUCGCCGGCAACUCGGCCAGCGGCUUUAAUCUCCAUCAUCAUCACAAUCAUCAUCAGGAGCACGACAGCUCCGAGUCCGAGACCGAGAACACGAUCAUGGAGGACGAGAUCGUGACCUCGGAGAAAUUUUUACUGCUCAUCGAUCAGCUCACCGUAGACCAGAAGCAUUUAAGCAUCAAGGACAUCGGGAUUAUCCUCGAACGGCUCAGCUCAAAGAUCCUCGACGUGGAGCGGCUCGACCGCGAGAGCGAGAGCGAGGAGUGUUACAACUGGACGAUCAAGGCUAUCAUUAGGGGAGACGUGUUGCGGGAGCUGGGGGUUAUUUACAACGGGAACUACUACGCGAUCUCGGAGCAUCCCGGCUACAAGGAGGAAUCUGAGGAGAAUAACGAGGAUAACGAGGAGGAGGAGGAGGAUAGACUUUAAUAUGA